AUGAGCAACAUAUUCAAAUUUUUAUUAUUUACUACACUAGCUCUAAUCUCAACAGCACAAAGAGUCAAUGUGACGAUCAGUACCGGCACGAUCAGCGGCCUUCAAGUGAAAGCAAAGUCUGGUAAACUUGUCAAUAUUUUCAAGCAUAUUCCCUAUGCAGCUCCACCUGUAGGAGAUUUACGCUUUCAAAAAGCACAAGCACCCGAGAAGUGGGAUGGCAUAAGGGACGCUACAGAAUAUGGACCCGCUUGUAUUUCGAAUUCGUCUAUCACCAAAAGUCCGCAGAAAUGGAUUGAUGAAGAUUGUUUGCAUGUGAAUAUCUUUGCUGGCGCCAAUUGCAUGGAAAAUCUAUGCCCAGUAGCGUUUUAUAUCCAUGGUGGUAGCUUCAAUUAUGACUCAGCUGUCAUGUUCAAAGAUGAGCUGCUUGUCAAUAAUUUUGGCGCAAAUGAUGUCGUUCUGGUCAUCCCUGGAUUUCGGCUAGGUUUCUUUGGCCUGUUGACUUUUGGUUCAGACGAUGUUGUUCCAAGAAAUAUCGGAGCUCAUGAUAUUCUUGCUGCUCUACACUUUGUCAAGAACGAGAUUAAAAAUUUUGGAGGAAAUCCAGAUGAUAUCACAUUGUUUGGGCAUUCUGGGGGUGCUACUACAGCUGCACAGUUUGCACUGUCGAAGCAGAUCGAUCCUGAUCAAAAACUGUUCCAAAAAUCUGUGAUGAUGUCUAUGAGUUUUGGAUUUACAGAUGCAACUCAUAUGCAAAAUCUUACGAUGGAGCUGGCAUACCGAGCAAAGUGUAUUCCAUCCAGAACAGCGGAUUACAAUUCGGUUGAAUAUGUGGAGCGCGUGGUCAAAUGUCUCAGAAAUUUGGACAGUAUGGAAAUAUUGAGGAUACAAAGACAGAUGGAAGAUGAGGAUGAAUGGCAGAAACCCGAGUUUCUCAUAAUGACUGCUCCACUAUUUGAUGCCAAAGAUCUGCAAGAGUUUCUUGCUAACCCUAAACCGCGUACGAUAAUGACUGGAACCACGCUAAGGGAGAUGGAUGAUACGAACGAUCCUGUUGAAUACAAUAUAGUGGAGUUUUUGGGAAUCAAAAAUCGAAAGGAGAUUCUGAAGCGAUUUUACAACGAUAGAGCUUCGAACAGGCUGUCCUUUAAUCACUCAUCGUCAACUCAAGCGAUGUUCCUAUCAUCGUAUGUAAUUGGACACAAAAUAAGGGAAGCUGGAGGGAAGACAUUCCUAUACUCUUAUGCAAAUCCACGUCAUCCGAUGCAUACCGAUGAUCUUUCCUACAUUAUGGGAGUCCAUCAAUUUGAACCUGAUGAAAAUGAGGCUGUACUGGCUGAUCUAUAUCCCAAAUUCUUCACGGACUUUAUCAAAUUUGGACAACCAAGACAAGACUGGACACCUCUCCAGCCUCGUCUUGAUAACUACAUGCGUAUAGAUGUAAAUCUCAAAGAGAACAUAAUGCCACAUAUGGAUGUCCACUACGAAACUGAAGUCAUAAAGUAUUGGGAGAGCUUGAUAGAGUAUGAUGAAUUGAUAACUCUGUCAAAAACGGAGGUCAAAAGACCACAUGCUGUUGUUGGAAAUGUUCCUGAAACAUCCUCCCAUGGAAACGACACUUUCUUUUUAUUUUAUUUGCUACUACCUCUCUGUGCCGUGGUCAUCGCUGCAUUAUUAGUACGAUGUAUGGUUUAUCGCCGGAGAGCAGAAAUCGAUCCUGUUACGGUUCGGAGCGAAAAAACGCCCCUUCUCUCAUAA